CCCACAGCCAGCGACAAUCAGCAGAUACAGGUCAAGCCGUCCAGUCGCAAACAUGGUGUCCGCUGCUGUGCUGGUCCUCCUCACGCUGGGCUGUGUGUGUGGAGAAGCUGCUGCAGACAGAAAGCUGGCCUAUGUGACCGUGUUGUUUCGACACGGUGACAGAUCGCCGGUCAAGGCUUAUCCUACUGACCCCUACCAGGAGAGCGACUGGCCACAAGGCUUUGGGCAGCUGUCACAGGAGGGGAUGAGGCAGCACUUUGACCUGGGCCAGUUUCUGAGGAAUCGAUACAAAGGUUUCCUCAGCGAGUCCUACAACCGGCACGAGAUCCUAGUUCGCAGCACCGACUACGAUCGCACCCUGAUGAGUGCCGAAGCCAACCUCGCAGGUCUGUACCCCCCCAGCGGUGCGCAGGUCUUCACGCCGUCCCUGAAGUGGCAGCCGAUACCAGUGCACACGGUGCCGGAGAGCCAGGAGAGGCUUCUCUCGUUUCCUUUGAGCGACUGUCCUCGCUACAAACAGCUGAUGAAUGAAACCGAGCACACGGAGGAGUUUCUUAACGUCACCGCAACAUACAAGGACACCAUAGAUCUGGUGAGGACCAAAACGGGACUGAACAAGACGAACGUGGAGUCGGUGUGGAGCGUUUACGACACACUCUUCUGUGAGUCCCGUCACAACAUGUCCGCUCCCGACUGGGUCACUCCGGACGUCAUGAACAAGCUCCGGGAGCUCAAAGACUUUGGGUUUCAGGUGUUGUUCGGGGUCUACAACCAACAGGAGAAGAGCCGGCUGCAGGGAGGUCUGCUGCUGGGUGAAAUAGUGAAGAAUCUUUCCAAGAUGGCCGUCCCAGACCCGACACAGAAACUCAAAUUGAUGAUGCUCUCGGCGCAUGACACCACUGUAGCUGCUCUGCAGGCCAGCUUGAAUGUGUUCAAUGGAGUUCAGCCGCCAUACACCUCCUGUCACAUGUUUGAGCUGUACCAAGAAGAAAACGGCUCUGCUUCAGUACAGAUGUUUUACCGGAACGACAGCACCGUGGAUCCGUACCCCAUCCAGUUACCAGGCUGCUCCCUCAACUGUCCACUGGAUGAGUUUGUUAAAAUUGCGAAGCUGUCCAUCUCAGACGACAGAGACAAAGAGUGCCAGGUGCCUUCAGAAGGAAGAGAUAAAGAGAUCAUCAUCAGCCUGGCCCUGUCCGGCUGCCUGCUCCUCCUCCUCAUCGCCCUCCUCCUCGGCGUGAUUUGUUGGCAGAAGCAGCCAGCCAGCAGCCGCGGAUACCACCAUGUGAUCAACCAGGAAGUGGGAGAGGAAUCCUGACAGAAACACAGACUUCUCCCUCGGAGAUCUACGAGCCUCACGUCUUGGGACAGCAGCGAUGACGAUGAACUUUGACCUCACCAGAGAGUCAACAUGGGAGACUGUCGUGAUUUUAGAUGCAUUGGGUUAACAGUGGGGGACGUUCUUGGUUGUGACAUUACAAUUUCUUGAAAAACCAAA